UUGAAUAACGUUGGACAAGAAAGUAACAGAGCUUCGUAUGAACUCAGUCCAGUCUAUACGGAGCUCUGGAAAGUAAUAGAAACUUCCGGUUUUUACUAAUUGAAAGUCAAAAUGUGACUGCAUCUUUUCAUCAUGAAAAUCACACACAACAUCAGUUUUCAGAUUUUUUUGCUAAUGAUCCUGUUUUUCAAAGAUUUUCAAAAUGAUAAUCAUGAUGAAAAGAUGCAGUCUUCUUUUUUUACCGACGAGGUGUCUGUUCGGCCUGUCCAAUGUAACGAUUCAGUUUUCUGUAAGUCUGUCACGUUUUGUCAAGAUUAAAGUUCUGCGAGGAAAGUUCCUAUAGAGCUCGGAGACGUUUCAUUUUGAAGAGCAAACAUUUUCCUUUAAAAUGGUAAUUGGACGAACUUUAAUAGUUAGCAUCGCUAUCAUAUACAGACUGUAAACUGAAUGUCUUAUUGGAAAGGUGUGGUAUCUGUUUCAAAACCUUUAUCUUGAAAUUCAUUCGGUUCGCUAAGUUUCACGUUCGCUAAAUUAUUAUAUUAAAGAAAAAUGUCUGCUCGUCAAAAUGAGACGUCUCCGAGCUUUCCUCGCAGAACUAUAAUCUUUACAAAACGUGACUGGCUUACGGCUUUUGGCUAGUGUGCUUGAACAGGCCGUGUUCUUUAUCCUUUUAUUAUUAGGGAUCCAUGAUAUCUAUAUUGUUAUUUGUUUACAGCUAGCUUAGUUGAAUACGCGAAUGGUAUUCGUUGGGAGAAGUUGAUCAAUGAAUCAUUACCAUUGUUAGAACGGUUUAGUUUAUGUAUAGCAGAUAGCAUAUUUACAGAUGUUAUUAAUAUUGAUAGUAUAAUACAAUCAUUUUCUACGCCAUUUUGGAUAUUAGAACGAGAAUGGUACAUUGUUGUCGAUUAUAUACACAAAUCUGAAUCAAAUGAAUUCCUACUGUACACUGUACCACGAUCAAAAGGUAGUAGUUUGACAAUACAACUAUAUAAAAUGCAAACAGCAACAACAGCGCCUUCAACAUUAGAGAAUAUGUAUACAAAAACGGAUAGAUUAACUGUAAAGUUGAAUAAUGUGCAUCUGCCGUUAAUUGUACGACAAUUUUCAGAUGUUAAGACACUGACAUUAUAUAGCGAUUUAACAUCUGUAGAUAAUACAACAACACCAAUCGUUGAUGAUUUGUCAAAACUUGUUUUACUUGUAAAUUUGGAAGCUUUGCACCUUUAUGACAAGUAUUAUCCAUCAAACUUAUUGAAAGUUAUAUUAGUAACAGCUUCCAAUAUUAUUAAUUUAUCAGCACCUUACAAUGUUCUGUUAGAAAUAACUGAUAGUGAAACCUUCUCGAAUUUAACAAGUUUAACGGUUACAAUGAAUGAUGACGAUGAUCAUUUCAAUGUAAAAGUAUUGAAGCGGUCAUCAUUUAUACUUGAUAAUUUAAGAUAUUUUUAUAUUGAGUUGAAAAAAGUGGAUAAUCUAUACUUGGUAUUAUCAUUAGUAUUACGGAAAGUGAAAAAAUUGCAUGAGUUUGUUGUGUCGGUGGCUAACGGGACGUUCAGUGAAUAUUUUCAAUUGUGGUUAAAUGAUUAUUUAAGUUUGAAUGAUUUAUUAUUGAUAACCGGUAUUGAAUAUAACCAUGCUUGCAAUAAUUUAGCUCUAUCAUAUUAA